AUUUUGACAUUAGUCGUGAUUUUUCUAAUUCAGCCAUCAUGAAGCAAUUUAAGCUGAAAUUUAUUUAAUUUUUAAAGUUUAAAAUAAGUUUUGAUAAUUAUAUAAGUAUUGUUAAAGUGAAUCAUGAGAAGAUUCAGUUCUAUAACCAAGGACGAUGAUGAAUUUAAAGAUCUUAGAAGACCAAGCGCGAUCAGCUCUUAUCACAAAGAUCUGGAGCUCCAGUUAUACCAAUAUCAGGAUGAGUUGGAAUAUCCUCCCUGGUAUUGUAAGGAGCGUCUGAUACACUACUUCCACAUAGCUCCCGAGGAUCCUGUGUGGAACACGAUCGUCUGCGUCAUAGCGUUGGCGGCCAUUAUCUGGGUCGUGAUAGAGGAGGAACAUUACUACAUCUAUCUGGCCGACAUAUCGUACAACGUGAUCUAUGGGCUGCACGUUCUCGGUAUCAUGUACAAUACCUUCAUCACGAUCGAGAAUAUUGAUAUUGACAUGUGGACUAUGCUCCGUUUCGCCAUAGAUUUUGGCACUUUCUUCCACUACGUGCUGAUAAUUCAGAAUCAGAAGAUACUUAAGUCUGUAUGUUAUUACUUACGGCUGAAUAGACCCUUUAGUUAUCUGUGGGAACUGAACGGUUACAAUCUGAAUGGCAGCGUUCUCGGCACGUCUCUGAAGUACAUUUACAUGUCUGCGGUGCUGCGGGUCACCUGGGCAUGCGUGUGGCUGCAGCUGGACGACCUUGAAAUAAACUACUCACAUUACGAAAACCGAGCCUUGAAGACCGUGGUGUCCAAUCAGAAACUGUCAUCGAACAACCAUACGGUCGCCGCCAUGUUCAUGUCUGCCCUUUAUAUCGUCAACAAAAUGUUUAUGCCAAUAGGGGCAUCAGUUCCGCCAGCCAACGACGUGGAGCGGAUUAUCAGUCUGUUGGUAAUGAUCAGCGGCUGCCUGCUGGUGACAGGCGCGGCAGUCGCGUCGCUCUCACUGGUCAUCAGUAUUUACAUGCGGCCCGAGGAGGCUUUCAGAGCGAGAUACAGACUAAUUAUAAAGGAAAUGAGCGAGACAAACGUGCCAGCGAGUCUUCGUCAGAAAGUGGAGUCGUUCUACAAGAUGUACUGGCACAAGCAACGGGCUGUCUCCGACACAGUGUUGUUGACGAGGUUCCCCCCUACGUUACCCACCCUCAUCUACACGGAUAUCUACUUCGAAGCCACUCAGAAAACCCGCAUUCUCCGCGAUCUGAACUUCGCGUUCCUGUCGGAGCUGGCGAAGAUGAUGAGCACUGUGAACUACAUCCCCGGCGACGCCAUCAUCAAUAGAAACUCCACCAAGUCUUCCAUCAUAUUCAUCACAUACGGGGAUGUUGAGAUGCUAACAGCAGAGGAUGAUAACACACCCAUCCUGCGCAUGACACGGGGCACGGUGCUAUCGCCCUGCGCAGGAGGGGUCGUCGCCGCCUGCGCCAGGUCACACGUCAUGAUCCGGGCAGCCUCCUUCUGCACAGCCCAUGUCCUCGACGUGGAUAAACUGUGGAGGGUGGCGCUGAAGUAUGGCAAGAAUAACAGCCAAAAUGAAGUUAUGAUCGAAGCGUUUAAUCUACACUUAGAAAAUGUAAAAAAACAUUACCAAAUGAAGUUCUUGGAUGAAGCCAAGUACAAGAGCAGCAUUCUGAACUUUAAGAACAAUUUGCGCAGACUGAAGCAAGUGACGGACAACGACGGCAAGCUCAUUCUGAAGGAUCCUGAGCUUUUCCUCGAGAUAGCUAAGAGCUACAUCAUGAGAAACCGCACAGAUUCGACGACGGACGAGUCCGAUGCGAUCUGUCUCAAGUCCACGUUCCCUUGCAUCCUACAGCCAGACUCCUCGCUGCAAGUGGCCUGGCAGAUCGUAGCCUCAUGCUGCACGGUCGCUGCGGCAGUGGUGAUCCCGUACAAUGUGGUGUUUAAGUCGACACCUUCCACGGAGUACGACUUCUUCCGGACUGUUGUAGACACCAUCAAUAUCAUGGACGUGAUUGUCCAUCUGUCUACUGGAGCUCAUGUUGAAGAAGGUGUGCCGAUCAACUUCAUGCAGACGUCCUCCCAACAAAUGCGUAGUAUGUGGUUCUUCCUGGACGUGGCGGCCAUCUUGCCAAUCUUCUAUUUCGUCGGAGACGGCCUUUUUGACGGCGUCAACAAGCUAUUGAAACUUCCCAAGGUGUUCCGCAACCUGAAGUCACUCGAGGAUAUGUUCGUGAACGCCAGCACCAAGAUGCGACUUAUUUCCUUCACCAUCUUGACGCUGAUCGCCUGCUACCUCAUCGCUACUCUACAGCAGGGUUUCAUGUGCUUCCAAUUCGGCCACUGUUUGGUAACGAACUUCACUCACUCUCCUUAUUGGGAGGAGAAACCGUUGGAUGACGAAAAUGUGUUGUCAAGGAUUAUAUUUGGACUAUACUGGGCUAUAUUAAUGAUGACGUUCACCACGCACAUGGAGGUGUUUGGAUUAGACCAUUGGGACAACGUGAUCUAUACCGUUAUACUCCUGGAGAUUUGUAUUGUGCUGCACAUCUUUAUCGAGGCUGUUUACUCCGCCACCAUCAUGGUCACCACCUUUCUCAGAGAUGACUACGAUGCCACCAUUACUAAUGUGAAGAACUUUAUGAUAAGGAAUGACGUAGAUCCACAGAUGAGGAAGCGGUUCAUCACUUACUUGGAGCUCUGUUGGUACACAGACAAGGCUUACUCCAUGACCAAUAAGAAGAAGUCCAUAUUCCAUGAUCUUCCUCCGCACGUGUAUCAAGAGAUAGUUUCCAGAAAACGCAGCAAAUUUAUACUUAAUAUACCCUUUAUGAAGCAUCUACCCAGAGCCGACCUGAAGACUAUAUCAUCGACCGCGCGUCUCUUCUACACUUCCCCCAACGAGAUCCUUAUGAACACUGGUGACAUCACCAAUGAGAUGUUCGUCAUAAAGCAGGGUAUGUGUGAGGUCAUAAAUCCAGACAAUAGGGAAGUGGUUGCGUUGCUCGGCGCUAAAGGUCACUUCGGAGUGGUGGAAUGUUUGUUGCGUCUCCCAACAUAUUACACGGUGCGCGCGGUGACCCACGUCCAGGUCUUCUCUAUCUCCAAGAAGAAGCUGGAGAAGAUUCUAGAAAUACCACAGAUUAAGUACGCGGUCAGAUUUGCCAGGACCCUGCCGGAGUACCGUAACCUGCAAGUCCGGCGGGAAUCGUUCCUGUUCUUCGAGCCGCCGCGGCCGCCCCCCAAUCGGGAGAAGUUCCGACUUCCCAAGAAAUACGAGCAGGACACGGCAUUCUUGCAGCCCUUCAACCGACUCGGCUUUCUGGCUGUGCUGAGAUACGUGUUCCCGCGCUUCACGAUCCGGCCUGACAGCACAUACCUGCAGCGCUACGAAUGGUUCCGCGGCGUCUGCGCACUGAUGACGGCCAUGCUGUGCACCAGCUACACAUACCUGGUGUUGCAGUGGCCCAGUUUGUACUACGUGCUGAUUCUACUGGACAUGAGUGCUUAUUACGAUAUUGUUCAACGAUUGCUGGUGGGGUAUUACAACGACCUGGGAAUCUUGGUGUACCACCCUGCGGCCACCUCGGCCUACUACUUGAAGGGCGCCUUUGCGGUGGACAUGUUGGCCACCAUACCCUUGGAAUUUCUGGAGACCGAACAGAGAUUUUACAGUUCUAGAUAUAAUUUGUACAAGCUCAGUCCGGUCCGUCAGAUGCUGAUGAUGAACCGGCUGCUGCAGAUGUACCGUCUACCUAACGCCAUCAACAAUCUCAUCACUUACAUCCAGCGCAGGGACAUACAUCUCAUUAUACAAGCUCUGCCAUUCUUCCUGACGCUGCUUAAUGUCCUGACAUGCACCAUGAUAUUCAACUCCGUCGACAUCUACACGACCGCGUCGGCGACCACUUGGCGGAUAGUUCCCUUCGCAGACAAAGGAGGCUCCUGGGUGGUGCUGUUCGAACGUGUCUUUCGUUUCAACAUUACGGAGACUCCCUUCAACCUCCACCUGGCGACCUACUUCUGGAUGGUGUACACGACCACCACCACCGGCUACAGCUGCUUCCACCCCACCAACUUCGGCCUCAUGAAGGUCUUGUUCAUUGGCAUGGUUAUAAGUACCAUGGUCAUCACUUACUUCUCCGUGAGCAUCAUCAGUGUCCGCGCGAACGUGAACAAGGAACUGGCCGGCUUCCAGGAGGACCUUCGAGACAUGAUCAAGUUCAUGCGCAGAGAGGAUCUUGACAAGAAUCUGCAGAAUGAGGUGCUAUCGUAUUACGAGUAUAACUGGGACAAGAUGGGAGGAGUCGAUUACAACAAGGUGCUCAAGCUGUGCGACCAGAUCACACUCAGGACCGACGCUAUUUUGCACAUUUAUGGACCUACUUUUGCUAAGUGCCCUUUCCUGAUGAGAUGUGACAUAUCACUGCUCCGCAUCGUGGGCCGAGAGGUCAGGAGCGUGUACCUUCUGCGUGAUAUGCACAUCUUCGACGUGGAUGACGUCAUCUCGGAUCUCUAUUUCCUCGUCUAUGGCCAGGUGCAAGUGCGCGUCUUCUACGAUGACAGGAGCACGGUUGCCAAACUACAUAGGGGCAGUGUGUUUGGCAACCUGGACCAAGUAGCGAUGGCGCGCAGCCAGUCCACUGUGGUGGCCCUCAGCCGGAUCCAUAUCCUUCAGAUCAAGACGUUCAACUUCCACCGCAUCCUGGCCGACUUCCCCAGGGUGAACAGGAUGAUGGCUAAAUGUCGGGCUGCCAAUAAGAACUUCAUCCCCAACACAGGGGCGCAAAAUACUCGCAACACAAAGGAACGCCUCAGCGUGAACGCAUCUCGGCUCUUACGUGGCCGACGAGGCAUCAUCAAGCACCUCUACUUUAAGGACCAGAUCCUUCAAAUUUACCUCAUCGUAGUGUCCCUCGCCUGCGUCUACCUCGAUGUCUACAAUGCUGGUUUCCAAAACAACUCUGUUCCUCUAAUAAUUGUUCUGUAUUUGUUGGAUUUUUUGUUUUAUAUGAAGAUAUUGAUACAAUUUUCGUUGCCAUAUAUUGUCAAUACGGAGAAUUUGAAGAAGGUGAUCACGCCGUUGAGACGAGGUUACUUCAGGGGAGAUUUCAGAUACGACUUGAUGUCCUGUGUUCCUAUUGAACUGUUCAGUCUGGCAAACCGAAAAUAUCGUUGGAUGAUCUUUUCAUGGUUGCGCCUCAACAGACUUCUAAGGAUUGUGACAGUGUACAAAUGCCUAAUCCGUCAUCAGGAGCGCCUGAACAUCAACCUAACACUGACUACGGUCGUCGGCGUGGUCAUAUGGUUCUCCCUCUUCAUCCACACCUCCUCUUGUCUCUGGUACUUCAUCGCCGUCAUGGAGGACAAUAGAAGGCCCUUUUCUUCAUGGAUUUAUAAAAACGCCACCUCGAGCUGGUGCAGGCAAUACUACAUCUGUUCCAUGUACUCCAUCCUCACCACGUUCACACAGAACGGGGUUGGGGACAUCUUGGCCAAGAACCAUUCUGAGGUCAUUUUCAUAUCAGUAUUCCAAAUAAUAUCGGCGAUGGUGUACAUGGUGUAUGUGGGCGAGUUCUCCAACAUCAUCCAGUACCAAUCGUUCAGGAAUUUCGGCUUCUACUGCAAGUAUUUGGAGCUUCAGCACUUCCUGAAUAACAACCGCGUGUCGAAAAACCUAGUGAAUGCUGUGAACGCCUACGCUCUGCAUUUGUGGAGAGAAGCUAGGGGGGUGCAAGUCCCCAAUUUCCUGGUCUCCGCGCCCCCCGCCAUCAAGCUGAAGGUCAUGGCUGCGGCGUACAUGGCACAUCUUGAGAAUCACAUCGUGUUCGAAGCAUGUGAGAAGGCGUUCCUUCGUCAGCUCGUCGGAAAGCUGAAAAUGUAUUAUUACAACCGUGAAAUGUUCAUAGUGAAGGAAGGUGAGAUUACAGACACCAUGUACAUAGUCCACACCGGCCGUGUCAAAGAAACUUCCUCGGGAUCCACCACCGCCAGGACUAUUAUCGCUGGAGGGAGUUUUGGCUUGGUUGAAGGAUUGUACCCUGGCACGCCUUUUAAGUGCUCCUACAAGUCAGUACUGAAAUGUCAAAUCCUCUCACUCCCAUUCAGUGAUUGGAAUUAUUUGCUCUCCUACUUCCCUAAGAGUGCCGAUUCAAUAUAUGACCACCUGGACUUCGAUGACAACUAUGGGCCUUUCACCCGGCCAAUAAUCAAACAGGAAUACCGGAGAAAAACUUCUUGGGAAGAAUCUGAAAAUCCGCCAGAUGGAUCGACGGGUGGAGAAGUGAAGCCAGUUGUUGCACCGAAGUCGCCUUCAGCACGCCGUCAAUCGACUCCAUUUGCAGUGCCAAUGAAAGACACCGGUGCACUUAAUUUAUUGGCUUCAAAAGAAAAGCCACAAGUUAAAAGCACAAGCUCUGAUACGCCGUCUGAGUUUGAAUUAACUAAUGUCUCACUAACAGACCAGGCAGAUAAACCAAUUGACCAACUUCCAACAACAUCAGCUAGAUUUAGUGUAGACGUAAAAGCAAAAAUGUUGGAUAAAAAACCCAUAAAAGAACGCGCAGACUUGCAGAGUGUCCAAACAAUCAAAUUUGACGACAGUACCGAUACAACAACUACCUCAAAUACAGAUCCUAGCACAGCGAAUGAAAGCGUGCAAGGUAGUAUGGACUUAGAGACAAAAAGAAAAUUAAUCUAUAGUCACAUGGAAAGGAAUGAAUCAUUUCCUGAGGAUGUAACUACACACAUUAAACCUUUAGUUGAUACUAAUCAAGACGAGCCUCGCACUAAAAUGGACACAGUUGAUACUAAAAUUGACACAGUUGAUAAUAAAAUGGAGGAAGUCGAUACUAAAAUGGAGACAUUUGAUACGAAAAUGGACACAAUUGGUACUAAAAUGGACACAGUUGAUGAUAAAAUGGAUAACGUUGAUACUAAAAUGGGCAAAAUGGAUGAAGUUGAUGCUAAAAUGGAUAAAGAUGAAUCUAAAACAUACGAAGUUGACGCUCCAAAGGUUGUAGUUAUUAAAGAUGAAGUUCAAAAUGCACCAACAGUUUCAGAUACCAUAGCUGGUUCGGAUCCAGAAAAAGAAACUACUAAACUCACAUAUGUUGGUCCUUUGAACUCUCGAAUAUCGAUUGCUCCUAUGCCAAACAGAAUAUUCCGCAUUGAUUCAAGUAGUUCUGAUGUAUCAGAAAAAAUGGAAAUUACACCUCAAAAGGAGUCCAGUAAAACGUCCAAUAAAGAUUUAUCUCUCAAAGAUAAAGAUAAGAAAUUUCAAAGUACAAUAGAGUUUGAUAAGGAAGUUGAUAUUGAUAAAAAUAAAACCAAAGACAAAGAUAAGAAACUUCAAAGUACCAUGGAGUUUGGUUUAGAUAAUGACGAUGAUAUCGAUCAAGACGAGUUCCCAGAAAAAGCUACUUCGACUACGCGCUAUACCCGUCGGUUAGUACAUGUAAGGUAUGAAGACGAUGCUAAAAAGAAAUUGAACGCGGCUACAACGUCAAAUCCACCAGAAACACGAGAUCUUGCAAAGGAUAACCUUAGCAUUAAAUCUACAUCUUCGUCUCAGUACUCUUUGAUUAGGACUAAAGAGCAACCAUCUACUGCUCUGAAUGAACUAUCUACGCCACCGAAUGAACCAUCCACCUCUAAGAAAGAUACGAAGAAAGAAAAAGACAAAAAAUCUUAAGUAGAUUUACGUAUUUUAAAUGCUUUCAUUUAUUUCAAAAUGUUUUCCUUUCUAUUUUAUUAAUCUGCUUAGAAUAUAAAUUAAUUUAUU